AAUAUUUAUCUCUCACUUCUCGUUGAUGGCGACUGUUUUGUAAGAUGACCUAAAGAAGCAUUAUAACAUGGUGUGGGAAGUUAAGAGUCCUCUGAGCGGCAGCAGUACUAUGUUGGAUAUCACAGGGUCAGGGCCAGAGGCAGGUAGAGACCAGGGAUUGGACCUUCUCCAGUGUGAAGAACACCUGCUCUCCUCCCCCGGAUGCCGCACCAGUGACAGCCACAUGGAAUACGAUGACCUCCCGGAGCUGGAGGAGGUGGAGGAGGACCAGACAGCACCCGUUGUGUUUCAGGUGGGGGCGAGGGUGUCCCAUCAGGAACGUGACGGACACACACACACUCACACGGCCGGGCCCCCGGACACACACUGGCUCACACAGCUAGCUCACAUUGCCACGGGCCCCCAGAGUCCCUUGCUACAGGGCUCCACUCAGGUCGUCAGGUCAACUCCCAUCCACAUCUUUGGCACCAGUAGUAACCUCCAUUCCUAUGCCCGGCCUCCCCACACCCGGCCUCCCCUGACCUCCAACAGCCUGCCCUCUAGAGGCCAACACAGGGAGCGCAGCAGGCGAGUCAGGGUCAGUAGUGAGUGUGAGUCUGCUGUGUCCUGUCACUCCUCUGUGUCUGAUGACGAGGACAUGGGUUGGAGCCACUCCUGGCCACCUACUGCCUGGCACUGCUUCCUCAAAGGCACUCGUCUGCAGUUCCAUAAGGGUUCUAGUGUGGAGUGGCAGGAUGCUGAGGAACUGGUGUCGGACGAAGACUCAGACGAUGAGACAGAGGCUAUAUCCCACCCCCUGAAGGGCUAUGGUCGUGAGGGCCUGAGGCUGGUGUCCCACACAGAGAGCCGGGCGUUCGGCCAGUCCGUCCUCAAGCUGACCUUUGACCCAGGUGCCUGUGGGGAGUGGCUUCUGUCCGCUGAGUGUCAGCCGGACCACCCGUUCUACGUCAGAAACAAAGGCUGGUCGUCGUUCUACCCCAGUCUGACUGUGGUGCAGUAUGGGAUCCCGUGCUAUGAUGUGAUGGUGGGUGAUGUGUGUCUGCCUCCUGGACACAGAGAUGCCGUCCACACUGACGACUCCCUGGUGUUCGACACAUUCAGGAGUUAUGACUUCACUCCCCUGGACUCGUCGGCGGUGUACGUUCUGAGCAGCAUGGCCCGGCAGCGUAGGACCUCCCAGUCCGGCGGGGGCGCCGUCAGCCCCGACCAAGACACACACCGCAACGAGCCAAUUAAGAGCCAGCAGGACUCGGGAGCAGCCGGCGGGGCUUCGCCCACGAAGUGCAAGCGGCCAAUGAAUGCAUUCAUGCUAUUCGCAAAGAAGUUCAGGUUGGAGUACACCCAGAUGUACCCUGGGAAGGACAACAGAGCGAUCAGUGUGAUCCUGGGAGAGAAGUGGAAGAAGAUGCGAGGAGAGGAGAGAAGGAGGUACACCGUAGAGGCCAAGGCUCUGGCUGACGAGCAGAAGAGACUCAACCCUGACUGCUGGAAACGCAAGAGAACCAACUCAGGUUCCCAGGGGAACUAAGAGACGCAGACACACGAGAGCGGGAUGAGGCAGAUGACAGGAGAAAAGAGAGGGAGGCGAUGGAGGGGAGGACAAACUUGGAAGAGGGGUGUAUGGGGGGGAGGCAGCACACGGAAGACGCACGCGCACGCACAUACACACACACUUUAGAUACGUAUAUAGAUGUACAGAUGAAGUCUGAAGUUUACAUACACCUUAGCCAGAUACAGUUGAAGUCGGAAGUUUACAUACACUUAGGUU